UACAAAUGCUUGUUUUAAAUAAAGAUUUGAAUAAGAACGAAUAUCGUGACUCAAACAAGAUUCAAGUGAACAAGAAGGAUAAACAAAAAUGGUUCGGUUUAAAAACAGAUAUGUUACUGUGGAAAUUGCAUCUCCAGUAGUUCCCGAAAGUAAACCUUUAUCAAUUAAAUCAUCUGUGCUAAAUGAGACUAUUUUAAAUAAGAUAAACCAACUGCAUGGUGAUUUUGGCGUCGCUGCUGUAAGAUCUGGCUUCCUAACGAAAUACUGUAAUGAAAAUACCAGAAUUGCCAUAAUUCGAUGUCGACAUGGGCCUCAUCAGUUUGUUGUCAGUAGUAUACCAUUUAUAACUAGAAUAGGAAAGUUAGACGCAACUAUCAGGACUCUUCAUGUUGGAGCUACAUUGAAACAUAGUUUUAUUUUUAUUCAAAAACACCACAGGACAUUUUUAGAUUCUAUGUGGUCAAAUCUCAAGACUGACGAUGAAAGAAGUGCUCUUGAAGCAGCAGUGAUGGAAUUCACUAAGGCAGAUAUAUCCAUGAUAAAAGAUAACCUCAUGUGAUUUGCCAUAAUCUCUGGAAGAACUCAAUAAUUAGGUACCUGUUGACUGUCAUGUAAAUAAAUAACAUC